AUGUCUGGUCUCGGUGAUGAUCCCACCGACUUCGAAGGCAUCGAUAUCGGGCCCGUGAUACUUCCUGGCCAGCAGCAACCACCUAAAGAACCUCGCACCAAUGCAGCGACCGGCGCAUCAGCGGCUGGUGUCCGCGCUUUCACAGCUCAAACGAUAGCAUUCUACUUUCGAGCGCCUGUCAAAGCAUUCUUCAGGACGCGAGUGGACUACCUGGCCUAUGCUCGAUCUCUCAAUCCCGCGAGCAACUCCGGCAAGUUCUCAUGGCGAGCGACCACUCCCGGGAUCCUGGCCCACGCGAUCAAAACUUAUGGAUGGCGUUUUGUGCCCGAACAAGUUCUUCCACCUUUGCUCGCUAAUGCUACCGUCGGCGCGGCGCUCUACACCUCUUACCUGCAGAUCCUUGGUCGAAUGCAUGAGCCCUCUGGCAAAGCGUCAAAGGUAGUUUAUCCACCUCCUCCGCCGUCGGCAACAUUCUCUGCUGGGUUGUUGGCCGGUGGCAUCCAGUCCUUUAUCGCCGCCCCUCUCGAUGCCCUCCAAGUCCGCUUCGAUCGCAGAGAACAGCACUAUGACGGAAAGUCGAUGUGGCACUAUGCCCGCGGAAAACUUCACGAUAUUGGUCUCCGGGGCAUCUUUGCGGGAUGGGGCUUAUCUUUUGUGAAAGACUCCGUGGGCAGUGGUGUGUUCUUCUGUACGUUUGAGACCAUCAAGAGUCAGGGCUACUACAAAUUUGUGAACUGGUACUACGGUGCAUUGGGAGAGGUUGCUAUCGACAAGAUCUCGAAGAAACGCGGCCCUGGUCCUGGAACCGAGUCGCAUUUCACGCCGAUUAUUCGGCCACAUUAUGCGCUCGAACCUGCCUUCCUCUUCUUGGCAGGCAUAUCUGCUUCGGUCGCUCAGCAGCUUGUCCUACAUCCCCUAGCCCUUAUUCAGACCCACCAUUUCGAACGUCUGGAACACCUUGACGAACAAGCUAAACAUUUCUCUGAGACUCCUUCAGCCGCGCGCGGUCGAAUGCUCAAAGCCUACUAUCACGCUUACCAGGAAACAUGGCGUGAGUGCAACUUGGAAGCGAAACCCUUUGGCAACUUGCGAAGGUAUUUGUACAACCACUUCCUCUGGAACACGAUGCGACAGGUGCCAAGUACCAGCGCAGGCUUGAUUAUCUUUGAGCUCGUCCGCAGGAAGUAUGGUCUUAGCGACGAGGUGCGGAUCAAUCAGGAUGGCUAUGAUAUUCUCCUCAGUUGA